GAGAGCCCGAGCCGCGGGCGGCCGGCGAAGAUGGCAGAGGCAUCGGCCUCCCCGAUCCCGCUCUCUCCUCUCGAAGUGGAGGUGGACCCGGAGUUCGAGCCCCAGAGCCGCCCGCGCUCUUGUACGUGGCCCCUGCAGAGGCCAGAGCUCCAGGCGAGCCCGGCCAAGCCCUCGGGGGAGACGGCCGCCGACUCCAUGAUCCCAGAGGAGGAGGACGACGAAGACGAUGAGGACAGCGGCGGCCGGACCAGCUCAGCUAUGGCGAUCGGCGGUGGCGGGAGCGGCGCUCUGGGUUCUGGGCUGCUCCUUGAGGACUCGGCCCGGCUGCUGGCUCCCGGAGGGCAGGACCUCGGGUCUGGGCCAGCUCCAGCGGUGGGCGCGCUAAGUGGGGGAACACAGACGCCGCUGCAGCCUCAGCAGCCACUGCCACUGACGCAGCCGGGGGCAGCUGGGAGCUCCGGGCAGCCGAGGAAAUGCUCUUCGAGACGGAACGCCUGGGGUAACCUGUCCUAUGCCGACCUGAUCACUCGCGCCAUCGAGAGCUCUCCGGACAAACGGCUCACUCUGUCCCAGAUCUACGAGUGGAUGGUGCGGUGUGUGCCCUACUUCAAAGAUAAGGGCGACAGCAACAGCUCUGCGGGCUGGAAGAACUCUAUCCGGCACAACCUGUCUCUGCACAGUCGAUUCAUGAGGGUCCAGAAUGAGGGGACUGGCAAGAGCUCAUGGUGGAUCAUCAACCCUGAUGGGGGCAAGAGUGGCAAGGCUCCCCGGAGGCGGGCCGUCUCCAUGGACAACAGCAACAAGUAUACCAAGAGCCGUGGCCGAGCAGCCAAGAAGAAGGCAGCCUCGCAGACUGCCCCAGAGUCUGCAGACGACAGUCCUUCCCAGCUCUCUAAGUGGCCUGGCAGCCCCACCUCCCGCAGCAGCGACGAGCUGGAUGCAUGGACAGAUUUCCGAUCACGCACCAAUUCCAAUGCCAGCACGGUGAGUGGCCGCCUGUCACCCAUCCUGGCAAGCACAGAGCUGGAUGAUGUCCAAGACGACGACGCACCGCUCUCCCCCAUGCUCUAUAGCAGCUCAGCCAGCCUGUCGCCCUCUGUAAGCAAGCCAUGCACUGUGGAGCUGCCGCGGCUGACGGACAUGGCAGGCACCAUGAAUCUGAAUGACGGGCUGGCUGACAACCUCAUGGAUGACCUGCUGGAUAACAUCACGCUCCAGUCAUCCCAGUCAUCACCCACUGGGGGGCUCAUGCAGCGCAGCUCCAGCUUCCCAUACACCACCAAGGGCUCUGGCCUAGGCUCUCCAACCAGCUCCUUUAAUAGCACGGUGUUUGGACCCUCGUCUCUGAACUCCUUGCGCCAGUCUCCCAUGCAGACUAUCCAAGAGAACAAGCCAGCCACCUUCUCUUCCAUGUCACACUAUGGCAACCAGACACUCCAAGACCUGCUCACUUCUGACUCACUCAGCCACAGCGAUGUCAUGAUGACCCAGUCGGACCCCUUGAUGUCCCAGGCCAGCACCGCUGUGUCUGCCCAGAACUCCCGCCGGAAUGUGAUGCUUCGCAAUGACCCCAUGAUGUCCUUUGCUGCCCAGCCUAACCAGGGGAAUUUGGUCAAUCAGAACUUGCUCCACCACCAGCACCAAACCCAGGGCGCUCUAGGUGGCAGCCGUGCCUUGUCGAAUUCUGUCAGCAACAUGGGCUUGAGUGACUCCAGCAGCCUCGGGUCAGCCAAACACCAGCAGCAGUCUCUUGUCAGCCAGUCUAUGCAAACCCUGUCGGACUCUCUCUCAGGCUCUUCCUUGUACUCAUCUAGUGCAAACCUUCCUGUUAUGGGCCAUGAGAAGUUCCCCAGCGACUUGGACCUGGACAUGUUCAAUGGGAGCUUGGAAUGUGACAUGGAGUCCAUUAUCCGAAGUGAACUCAUGGAUGCAGAUGGGUUGGAUUUUAACUUUGAUUCCCUCAUCUCCACACAGAACGUUGUUGGUUUGAAUGUGGGGAACUUCACAGGUGCUAAGCAGGCCUCAUCUCAGAGCUGGGUGCCAGGCUGAAGGAUCACUGAGGAAAGGGGAAGUGGGCAAAGCAGACCCUCAAACUGACACAAGACCUACAGAGAAAACCCUUUGCCAAAUCUGCUCUCAGCAAGUGGACAUUGAUACCGUUU